CGUCGAAUGACUCGGAAGUACAAAGAAGUUUUUUUGUCACGCUUUCGUGGUUUGUUAUUAAAUUGUCAUAUUCUGGCCGUUUUAGACUGCUGGAAUUUGAACAGAGUUUAUUGAAGUAACAAGGCGAGACACGUUUUUGCCAUGUUCCUCACUCUGGCCCUACUGCGGAAAGGCAUUCCUGGCAAGCAGUGGAUUGGGAAGCAUCGGCGCCCCAGAGCAGUUACGUGGCAGAUGAAACGCAACAUGUUGAAACAUCUGGAGCGUGAGGCAGCGAAUGAAUACUGGCUAAGCCGUCCAUACAUGACGCCGGAGGAGGAAUUUGGCCACAACAGAGAGCGUAAAGAGCAGACAUGGCUCAAGAUCAAGGAGCAAUCAUUCAACAAAUUUCCCCCACACAAGUACGUGGCAGAUCAUCUGAGUCACCUCCGAAUCACCAAGAACUGGACAAGUUAAUGUGAGGAAUGAAGCAGCUCACUUUUUUUUUGACAUGCAGAAACGGUCUAUACAAUGUUCUGUAUCACUUAAUGUACUUGUGAGAUGUUUGUU